AGUAGGCAAACGAAACUGCUGAAAGAGUCGACGCUCUUCUUGAAGGUGAAAUGGAAGAAGCAUCGUCAUCGUCAGGAAAAUUUGAGUUUGAUGUAUUUUUGAGCUUCAGAGGGGCGGACACUCGAAAGGGGUUUACCAGCCAUCUCUAUGAUCGCCUGAAGCUUCACGGCAUCUCGGCCUUCAUGGACAGUGAUGUCCUCCAAAGAGGCCAAGAGAUCAAUAAAUUGCUGGACUACAUCGAGCGGUCCAUGAUCUUCAUGCCCAUCUUUUCAAAGGGGUAUGCGGAGUCGAGAUGGUGUUUGAAGGAGAUCACCAUGAUGGUGGCAUGCCAGAGGCUUAUCAUUCCUGUGUUCUUCGACGUAGAACCUGCGGAGGUUCGUGAUCAGAUCAAACAUUUCGCUCCAGCUUUUGAACGACACAAAAGGGAUGCCAACAUGGACCAGCAGGAGGUGAGAAAUUGGAGGCGCGCCUUGAAGACAGUGGGCGAGUUAAGUGGUUUCCAUCUCAAGAACGACACCAUUGGGGAUGAGGCAAAACUAGUUCUUCUCAUUGUCAAAAGGUUGCUAAGUGAAGUAAGAAAGCUCCCUUUCCUACUACCUCCCGAAGACCUAUGGCUAGGUGGCGUUGACGCUCAUGUUGAGGAAGUGAAGGAAUUACUUAGCAAAUCUUGCAGCACUGUAACAUUCAUUGGCAUCCGUGGGAUGAAAGGCAUUGGUAAAACAACAAUUGCAAAGGCUAUUUACAACGACCUAUUUCUUGAUUUUGAAGCUAGCAGCUGUCUUUUUGAUAUUGGGGAAAAGUAUCAACGGCACAGAGAGCUGGAGCUACAACGGCAGCUCACUCGUGAUAUCUUAAAAAGCGAUGAACGAAUAUAUAGCGUUGAAGAAGGGAGAAGCAUCAUAAAGCACGGAAUGAAGGCCAAAAAGGUGUUACUUGUCUUAGAUGAUGUUGACGACAGUUGCCAAGUAGAUGCAUUGGCUGGUGGAAGUGAUUGGUUUGGAGAUGGAAGUGUGAUCUUCAUCACAACGACAGACAAGAAUGUAUUACUAGAAUGUGGUCUGAGUGAAGGUCAAAUAUACAACGCGACUGUGUAUCGUCUUUUGGUAUGGGGCCUGAACGAGGUGAAGGAGGCAAUAGAUACAUGGAACUCUGUAACAUAAAGUUCUAUGAAUCUACCCCAAAUCAACCUGUUGUAAGUGUCAAACUGCCUUUUAUGAA